GAUCUCCUUGUUUGCAUUCCCGCAGAGAGCAAGCCUUUCUCUCCUUUAGGCCUCACCAUCUGUGAAAGCGCAAGAAGCUUGGGCCCCCGACAGCAUGUGUCUUCUCUUACUUCAGCUGCUGGUGCUCCUGCCUCUAGGGAGGGCUGCACAGCGAGAUGGCCGCCCAAGUCCUAGUUCUGGCUCCCCUGUGCUCCCAGAACGGGAUCGCAGAGAGCUCCCCCUUGACAACCACGAGGAUGCUGAGGAGAAGCCAGACCUUUUUGUCGCGGUGCCUCACCUCGUAGGGGUAGGAGAAGGUCAGAGGCAGAGAGGGAAGAUGCUAUCCAAAUUUGGCAGGUUCUGGAAGAAGCCCGAGAGAGACCUGCAUCCACCCCAGGACUUGGUCCCUGAGCGCGUCCCACCUGGGACCCACGCUGUCACCCAGCCCAGAGAUGGGACACAGAUAAGGAAAUCUCCUCUUCGGGAAGAGGCCAAGAAAUUCUGGCACCACUUCAUGUUCAGAAUGAGCCCAGCCUCUCAGGGGAUCAUCCUGCCCAUCAAAAGCCAUGAAGUACAUCAGGAGACCUGUAGGACAGUGCCCUUCGGCCAGACAAUCACCCAUGAAGACUGUGAGAAAGUUGUUGUACAGAACAACCUUUGCUUUGGAAAAUGUGGGUCCAUUCAUUUACCUGGAGCUUCACAACACUCCCACAUGUUCUGCUCUCACUGCUCGCCUGCCAAGUUCACCACAAUGCACUUGCAGCUGAACUGCACCAGCCUUGCCCCUGUGGUCAAGGUGGUGAUGCUGGUGGAGGAGUGCCAGUGCAAGAUGAAGACCGAACAUGAGCAUGGACACCUCCUCCAGGCAGGCUCCCGGGCAGAAUUUCAUGCCCAGGAUCCCUUCAUCCCAGGAUUUUCUACUUAAAAAGAGACCCCACUAUUAUCUUUGAAAAGCAAAACUGUAGUAGCAAAGGUGCUGGAUUAUUCAGCUUGGAAGUGUAAGCGAGUGCACACUAUUUUAAGAGAAAGGUGGUUCAAAAGUAGUGAGAUAGAACAAUUUAGAGGCAAUGGUGUUCAUCUAGUUGUGGGUCUAUGUUUGGGUUCUACUCUUGGCUCUGCCCCCCUGGCAGGAGGAUGUUAAGGAGUUGUGGAAGCUUUCUCCAUCUUGAGGGCUUCAUCUCUAUGUAAGGGACUUGAAUUGGAUGAUUGCUUAAGUCCUUUCCGCUACAAUAUUCCAUGACCUAGGGUCUCCACAUUCUGUUAAAAGUCCUUCAUCUGAAGUUGGAAAAGAAAGAAAGUGGGCCCUAAAAAUUGGCUUCUUUAGUCAAAGCACCACCAAAAAUCCAUUUCUAGAAUUUGUAGGACAGAUUCUUUGCAUUUCAGGCUGUGUUUUAUUUGCUUCCAUCAGAUGAUUAUUUAACUUCCAUGGACGUAAGGAAUAGCUUGCUUGGUUGCCUCAUAGUUCUUUGGAUACGCCCCAUAUAAGGUUGUUAAUGUCAGGUCCUUGGCUUUGAGGAAGGAGCGUUACUUUCAGUGGUUCACAUAGGGAGAGGGAGCAAUCACUGGAGGCCACACAAGUAUCUCCAUAAUGGGGGAAUAAAAAUAUAUGACCUGCACUGUCAGGCUGAAAGGUCAGUCCAGAGAUGCCAAUGAAAGUAACCAAAGAAUUCCAGUGGACGUCAAAUUACACAAACUGCUUAGAAAUGGAAACAAUUUACCGGUGAAAUUCUUUAUCCUUCUCGGAGUUGGUAGUAAGUUACAGUUCUAUGUUGGGAUGAUGUUUUGUUUUGUUUUUGUUUUUGUUUUGCUGCAUUUUCAAAACUUCAUAUUACAGACUUUUAUUCUGUAAAUGUCAUACUAGCAAGGUCUGAAAAUAUUCUGAAUAUUUUAAUGUAUUAAAUUUUAGUGUAUGAAGCGUUCUGGGAAAUGUCAUGACAUUCAAUUGUCUUAAAAUUUUGUCUUAAUGGUGCUUUUUCUGUCCCGUAACUUAAAGGUGCUAUCUGGAGACGAUGUACCUGGGGUAUCUCUCAUAUGUUUUCUGAGGCUAAUGAUAAUACUCCAGGUGUUUCUUCCAACACUGCCAGCAGUCCUCUGUUAACAGAAAAAUCACUGUCCUAGGGGUUCCCUUUCUUCUUCUGUAUUUGUUUGUAUUCAUACAUUAUAUAGACCUGGCUUUCCCUCACCCUA